UCGGGGAAGCAACCUGCGAACCACUUUCCCGACACGACGCCCUCCACUUCCAGGGCAAAGAAUUCCUCGAUAUUACGAAAACGCCCUCGCCCUCCACGCCUCAAAACCGAGCCACGCGGUGUUGUGACCCGCUCGUCGUCAGAGCACUUCCCGAAAAGCACCACCGAGUCACUCCUCCGUCCGUCGAUUUCGCGGAACCGCCGCCGCCGACGGUCGCCGCCGCUGCCGCCGUCGCCGAUUCGAUCUCCCUCCCCCGCACGGGAGCUCCGGCCGCGUGAAGCCGGAUGCGAAUCGGGGUCAAAUGAUCCUCCCCAAGCUCGCCCUCCUCCCAUGGCUCCUCUUCGCCUUCUCCUUCCUCUCCUGCCGCCGCGCCGCCGAUCCGGGCCGGAGCUGCUCCAACUCGAGCUCCCUCGUCGGGCUCGAAUCCGAGCUCAGGAUGGUCCAGCACCAGGUGCGCGGCACCGUCAGGGUGAUCGACGACUGCUCCUUUAGGGUUUCCCGGUUCGACAUGCUCUCCGGGUUCGACGUGCAUUGGUGGGGCGCGAUCGCGCCCGAUUUAGGUAACAUGACGUCCGGUUACCCCGUCUCCGAUCAGGUCUUGAAUCGGACGUACAAAAACGAGUCUUUCACCGUUCGUUUGAGGAGUAAUGUUAGCUGGGAUCAGAUCCCGGUUCUGGCCGUGUGGGACUUGCCCACGGCGUCGGACUUUGGGCAUGUGGUGUUUCCGAAUAAAUCGGAGAUGAGCCCGGCCCCAACCCCAACCCCGAAUCCUGGGGAUGGGGCGGUUAGGGUUUAUAGGGAGCCGACGAUGUUUGAGAACUGUAAAGUGUUGUCUCCCAAUUAUCGUGUGUGGUGGACAUUGGAUGUGGAUCAAGAUGUUAUUGAUAUAGGGUUAGAAGCGGCAAUUGGGACGCAGAAUUACAUGGCUUUCGGUUGGGCAAACCCGGAAGCCACGUCUGAGUACAUGAAUGGAGCUGAUGUGGCGGUGACGGGGUUCACGGAGGAGGGCACUCCAUUCGCAGAUGAUUAUUUUAUUACGAGGUACAGUGAGUGUACAAUUAAUAAGGAUGGAAAUGCAAAGGGAGUCUGCCCUGAUACGAUAUAUGAGCCUACUGACCCCGUUGCAGUGAAUAAUACUGCAUUGGUGUAUGGACAUAGAAGAGAUGGUAUUUCCUUCAUCAGGUACCGGAGGAAGCUGAGUGUUGUUGAUAAGAAGUAUGAUUUGCCUGUGAAUUAUAAAGACAAUGCGACUGUGAUUUGGGCAUUGGGGUUGAUGAGCCCACCAGAUACUCUUAGGCCAUAUUAUCUGCCUCAGAAUCAUGGAGGUGAGGAGUCUGUGCGAUUUGGUCAUUUGCCGCUAAAUGUGUCCGAAAGGGUCAAUGAUUGUCUUGGUCCGCUGGAUGCAGAGGAUAAGGAGGAUCAGGAUUUGAUUAUUGCAGAUCCGAACAUGCCUCUUGUUGUUGUGACUGGUGAGGCAAUGCAUUACCCAAAUCCACCAAACCCUUCAAAAGUGCUUUAUAUCAAUAAGAAGGAGGCACCAGUGCUGCGAGUGGAAAGAGGGGUAAAGGUAAAGUUUUCAAUACAAGCAGGGCAUGAUGUUGCAUUCUAUAUCACUUCAGAUUUUCUUGGCGGUAAUGCCACUUUGAGGAAUACAACAGAGACUGUGUAUGCUGGAGGGCCUGAAGCUGAAGGAGUCCCUGCCAGUCCAAUGGAGUUGUUUUGGGCACCUGAUAGGAACACACCCGAUCAAGUUUACUAUCAGUCGUUGUAUCAUCAGAAAAUGGGAUGGAGAGUUCAAGUGGUUGAUGGUGGUUUAGCUGAUAUGUACAACAACAGCGUUGUUUUGGACGAUCAACAGGUAAAUUUUUACUGGACUUUGUCUGAGAAAUCGAUAUCCAUUGCUGCGCGUGGGGAGAAGAAAAGUGGUUAUCUUGCAAUUGGAUUUGGUAGUGGAAUGGUGAACAGCUAUGCUUAUGUUGGUUGGGUUGACAGUAAUGGCACGGGAAGGGUCAAUACAUACUGGAUAGAUGGGCAGGAUGCAUCCAGUGUGCAUCCAACAAAUGAAAAUUUGACAUAUGUGAGGUGCAAGUCAGAAAAUGGGAUUAUGACAAUGGAGUUCACUCGUCCACUGAAACCAGCGUGCAGUCAUAGCGACAGGCCAGAAUGUAGGAACAUAGUCGACCCCACCACUCCUCUUAAAGUGAUAUGGGCGAUGGGUGCUAAAUGGACUAAUGAGCGCUUAAGUGAGAGAAAUAUGCAUCAUGUAACCAGUCAAAGGCCUGUGCGAGUGCUACUUAUGCGUGGUUCUGCUGAGGCUGAGCAGGAUCUACGGCCAGUAUUAGCAGUUCAUGGUUUUAUGAUGUUUCUCGCUUGGGGUAUUUUGCUCCCUGGUGGAAUAUUGGCUGCUAGAUACCUGAAACAUGUAAAAGGUGACCAAUGGUACAAGAUACAUGUUUACUUGCAGUACUCAGGUUUAUCCAUUGUCUUGCUUGCCCUUCUAUUUGCAGUUGCUGAGCUUCGUGGUUUACGUACGAACUCAUUGCAUGUAAAGUUUGGCUUCACUGCUAUAUUUUUGGCCUGUGUACAGCCAUUAAAUGCAUAUUUUAGACCGAAAAGACCUGCCAAUGGAGAGGAGGUUUCUUCUAAAAGGAUUCUUUGGGAAUAUUUUCAUGUGAUAGUUGGCAGAUUGGCUAUUGUUGCUGGUGUGGCUGCCCUGAUAAGUGGAAUGAAGCUCUUAGGAGCCAGAUAUGGUGGUGAAAAUGUUCAUGGACUUGAUUGGGCUUUAGUUAUCUGGUUCUUGAUUGGUGCAGUGAUAGUCAUGUAUCUGGAGUACCAUGAAAAGCAGCGGCAAAGGGCGAGAAUAUAUGGAAAUGGAAGAAGUAGUUGGGUGUUGGGUAAUCUGGAGGAAGAUGAUUCCUUGGAUCUUUUGAGCCCAAGAGGAAUUUCUGGAGAAAAGGAGGCUCAACCUACUGGGAGAAUGGAAGUUCAGCUAGAACCUUUGGCCAGAUAGAAAUUUUUGGGCAUGAACUCACCAGUUGCAGUUUCCGUUUUUGGACAUUUUUCCAUGCAUGUGGAAAGCAUCAGGCCCUUCUUGUCUGUUUGAAAGUUCUUUUGCUGCUCGGUAGGAGCCGAAUGCGGAUCACCUGGUGAUUAUUUAUGCAUUGUACUUUUUAUACUCAAUACAUCUACACUGACACAGUGAAAGGUUUUCUAAUCAUCAGGUUUUAUUCUUUUGUUAGAUGAGCUGAGAGUAUUCCUAUUUCCAUGAUGUGUAUGGUCAGUAAUGUAGAAGAGCUUCUUGUGAUUUUAGAAUCAAAUUUUGCUCGAGCUGAACAGCGAUAUGUACCUGUAAAUACAUGGAGAUUUCUUUAUCAAAGUUGAAGCUGCCAACUCCCAUUGGUCUUUACCCAAUCAUUAGCUGAUUGGAUAUGGUUCUUUGAUUGUUGAAUUAUCUGCUUGUGCUUGUGCCAUAGCAACCUUCCCAGCUCUUAUAAUGCUUAUUGCUACUAAUGAUCAAUAAGCUAUAUGCUGAACUAAACUCUCCAAACCGUUCCUUAAUGAUUUACUUUUACUCUGUGCUUUAUCUCGCUGUACUUUUUUGCACUGAGCAAUAAUCUUGGGGCUAGAGGCUUUGUUCUAUUAGCAUUUGUUUUCAUUGGUCAUCACUCUAUCUCCGUUACGCUGCGGUUCUUGUUGUUCUUCCCUUGGAGAAAUUUCCUGUCCAGGACCUGGUUUUACGUUUUCCAUUUUCCAAAAUGGCAGUGGUGAAGCCCUUCACAUACUUGCAUCUUAAUUACACGUCAUCUAUCAAACUUUUUUCCCUGCAAGUGUGAACUGUUAAUAUUAACUAAAUGGCUGGUAGACAGCUAAUUGUCAUUGUUAUUUUCAUCUUACGGAUAUCCGCCUUUGGGACAUCGCUUCGAGGUAACACUUGUUCAACGUUGUUUUCAGAUCUUCAUGUAGUUUGCAUCUGGUAUCUUUAUUUGUUUAUAACAGAAAAAUGUAUAGUAUAAGUAUCUGUUUAAAAAUCUAUUGACAGGCGAACAGUAUGUCAAUAUUCCAGUCAUCAGAGUCCUGUGAGAGCUUUGAUGGUAUCUACAAGUGGUUAAAUUCUCUUAUCCUGUGGAAUUGAUAGAAUCUUUAUUGAUGUGUGGCAGUUGAUCACCAAUGGGAUUGUGAACUUUUUGAUACAGCUGGUGCUCAAGUAGAUAUUUGGAAUUAGAACAGAUCUCACUCAAUAAGCAGUUUUGAAUGGGGAACGGACACAGUCAUAUCUGUAAGAUUCAACCCUGGAAAAUUGGCAACAUUAGGAAGUGACUGCAACAUAACCCUCUACAAAUUGCGUAUGUGAUCCCAAACAGGAAAAAUCAUCACUGGGGUAAUCUGGCAAGUUGUCACUUCAGUCUUUUACUGGAAGUGAGAUUUUUUAGAGAUGAAGGAAGAAGUUAAUUUGAAAACUUUCACUGAGGCAACUUAUUGUCUGAAUUGAUAGUGUAAUAUAAUCUGGUGAAUCAUGCUGAGCAGCUUAAGAUACAUACAACUUUAUAUGCAGUUAUUCUUUGCAGAAUAUCCUCUCAUUCUAAUUUAGAGAUUAGUUGAAGAACAACUUAAUCUAUGAUGUACAGUUUAGUUAUGUAGUCAUUACUAACUCAGCUCUUCCUAUUCAGACAUAGACAAAUUCUAUUUCUUGAAAUGCAAUGGAGCUGAUGAACUGCACUGCUGUAAAAACAACAGUUAAAUCUAGUGUGUAUUGUGUUGCAA